CUACCCAGUCCAGGAAUCAAGACCACAAUCUUGCAAUCAUUAGUGCAACACCCUAACCAUAAGGCCACAAUCAUUUACUGUUUAAAGCAGACACACACUCACACCCCUAUUUAUUCUUGCUUUUGAUUCUUCCUUCCUUAAAUAACAUCAAAGGUUUUCACCAAAUUCACCUGUAAUUUGCUCACUGUUGCACUUCAUCUAAAAAAAAUAAGGAAGAAAUAACAAUACUCUGUUACUUAUUUUUUCCUAUUUGUUAAAAAAAAUUCAUAGAAAGACAUUGUGUUGUACAGAGCCAUGUUGUAUGGUCAGAAAAUUGAAUUUAAAUACAAAAAAAUGCAUUCCAAACAAGAAGACAAUGGCAAGAAUAAAUUACACCAUGAAAUAUUCUCUUCAGAUGGUUUGGCAUCAAAAGAAAAGUCAAUUCUUUCUAAGAAGAAGUGGUUCCAUUGUGAAAUCUGUGGCAAGACCUUUUCUCGAAACAACGACCUGUUUAAACAUGUUCGGGUUCACACAGGUGAGAAACCAUACCCCUGCGAGAUUUGUGGCAAGAAUUUCUCUGUAAACAGUUCGUUGUUUCGUCACCGCCGCAUUCACACCGGAGAGAAACCAUAUUUCUGUGACAUCUGUGGUAAGACAUUCUCACAAAACAUCCACUUGGUCCGACACAAGAGAAUCCACACUCACGAGAAACCAUACCAAUGUGAAAUCUGUGGCAAAUCCUUCUCAGUUGACAACUCUUUGUCCCGUCACAGACGCAUACACACUGGGGAAAAGCCAUACUUCUGUGAAAUUUGUGAUAAAACUUUCUCACAGAAUGGUCACCUAACACGGCAUAGAAAGAUGCAUGCAGGGGUGAAGUCUUUCAGUUGUAAAGACUGCAGCAAAGUUUUCUCCCGUAAGAGUAGCUUAAUUGAGCACAGAUGGAUUCAUAUCAACAAUAAACCUUACCAAUGCCAAAUCUGUGAUAAGACAUUCUCACACAAAAAUGUUUUAGCAUUCCAUGAACGAAUACACGAUGAAGAUAAACUGUAGUAUUUGGUGAUAUUAAAUAUUUAAGGACCAAUCAACAAAUGUAGAAAAAAAAAGAUUAAAACAAACCCUACCUGCUCUUUCUUGGGGCUGACUGCUUGUACACAACAGCCAGAAGGGAGAAUAAGUAUAUCUAACUAAGUUGUUGAUCUGUUACUCUGACAUUUAACAUACGUAUAUUAUUUAACCCUUUCGUUACCAACCCGGCCAAAACUGGCUCUGGCUCUGGCUCUGAGUUCAAAUCUCUUAUUUUCAUAAGUUCUGAACUAAAAUCUUCCACCAAACCUUAGUCACAAUUUAUGUUCCUA